AUGGUGCUAAAGGAGACGCCCAUGCAGCCAGGGGGAGGAGGAGCGGGCAGCGGCGGCGGUAGCGGCGUCGGGAACGGCACCGCCGCCGCGCCCGGCAGCACCGCCCCCACGCCCGCUGCUGUGCUCCGCUCAGGACCUGCCAGCACAAGGCCCCGCAGCCGCGCCAGCAGCCGCAGCGGCGCCAGCGCCGGCGGCGGCCUGCAGCCGCUGCAGCAGAAGCUGCAGCAGCACAUCGAUCGGGAGGACCGGCGCAUCAAGGAGCUGACAGAAGGCAUCCUCUACGACUUCUUCCCCACCGCGCUGCGUGCGGUACUGCCGCCGGGGGCCAACCCAGCGGGGGGCCUCGGCCCUGAGGCCGCCCGCGCGGUGGCGGGCGCCGCGCUGACGGUCGCCACCCUCAUGAAUGCGCCGCCGGGCUUCCUGGAGUUCCUGCUGUGCGUGCCGUGGGCAGACCUGGGCCCGCUCUACCUGCAGCGGGAGCGGGGAGACGGGGAGCUGUCCAUCCCUCAGCUGCUGACAAGCCAGGAGCAGCGGGCGUCGCUAGUCAACGUGCAGCUGGACCCAGCGCUGAUGGACUGUGUGCUGGACUUCCUGUACAGCAGCGCGGCAGGCCGCGGGCUGCCUUGGCGAGGCGAGCCCGGCGCGGCCACCCGCGAGGCGGUGGCUGCGCUGCUGGACGGCGCCACGCCGCUGCACUGCGCCGCCAUCCGGGGCAACCCGGCACAGGUGGACCACCUGCUGCUGUGCGGGGCGGACCCGCUGCUCCCCAACGCGGCAGGCGAGCUUCCGCUGGAGGUGGUGCCCGUGUGCGGCGACCGCUGCCUGGGCAACGGCAAGCUGAGCUGCCGGUGCAUGGGGGCGCGGGACCAGGAGGCCUGGGAGUGCCGCUCCCGCCUCACCCGCACCCUCAUCCUGCGCCGCUGCCUGGUGCAGUUCAGGAACGGGCUGUCUGCCUGGCUGCGCAUGGCCCUGCUGUGCCUGCUGUGCCUGCUGGGCUUCUGGGGCAACCACACCACGCUGCACAGGCCGGCCAUCGACCAGCACGCCAAGCGCCGCGCGGAGCGGCGGCGCCACAAGCUGGUGCAGCAGACGCAGGCGGCCCUGCUAAAGAUGCGGACCAACGCCGCGGCUGGGCGGCGCGCGCUGGACGGCGGCGGCGAGGCCGCCGCCGCGGCCGCCGCGGCCGCCGAGCCACCGCCGCCGGACGAACGCGGCGCUGGCGCUGGCGCCGCCGAGGCGAGGGCGGGCGUUGCACGGGACUCGGCCUUUGGCAGCGGAGGCGCAGGGAAGGAGGGUGGGGUGCCGGACGAUACGUUACAGGCUGGCGCGGGUGAGGCAGGCGGCGGGGGCGAGGGCGAGUGCUGCGGCUCCUCCCACCAUGCCGACUACGUGCAUGCCUGCUACUCUCAGGCGGUGGAAAUCCUCAAGGAACUCGACCUACAGCCCGGCAGCAUGCCGGCCGCCCUGGUGGAGGCGCGCCUGCUGGAGGCGCGGGCCGUGACAGAGGCGACCGCCGGCGGCAGCGCCGCCGAGCUGCCCGCCAGCUUCCCCGGGAGCUCGCUGGCGGGCGCCUGCGUGCAUCCCGACGAGCAGGCGGCUAUCUACUGCGGCUGGGCGGAGGCCGCGCUGUGCAGGGUCAGGAGCUGCGGCUGCGCCGGCUGCGCCUCGCUGGCCAUGCAUGCCGUGGCAGCUGGGCAGAAGCAGGAGCGUGUGGCUCGGGUGGGCGCCGCCAUGGCCCGCCUCGUCCACUGCAAGGCGGUGCUGCUGCUGCAGACGGACGUGCGGCAGUCGGCGACGCGGGCGGGCAUCUGGCGCGCGCAGCAGUGCCUGCAGGAGUGGGAGCGGCUGCGCCAGCUUGGCAUGACCUGCGGCCUGGGCGAGGACGACCAGCUGGACCUGCAAUGCCUGGAGGCCUGGUGCCGCGCCGCUGCCGCCGACAUGCUGCUGCUGGAGACGCUGCGCGGCGCGCCGCUGCUGCCGCUGCAGCCGCUGGGCGAGGUGCUGCCGCAGGCGGUGGGGCUGGACCCGGGCUCGGGGAUGCCCGCCCUGCUGCGCCCCGCGGGCCGAGACGUCGCGCAGCAGCUGGUGGCCGCGCUGGCGGCGGCGGCGCCACACGCCUCAGACCACAUUGUUCGCGUGGCGGAGGCGGUGGCCGGCAGCCUGCAGGCGGAGAUCGGGGCGGGGGACCGGCUGCGAGACGUGCUGCAGCCGCGCAGCGGCGGCAUGAACCUUGAGGAGCUCGCCGAGGCGAUAGCGGCGGCGGAGCGCUACCCCAGCCUGGCGGGCGAGGUGGAGCAGGCUCGGGCGCUCAAGCAGCGCUGGAUCAAGCGGGCCAAGGCGCAGGCCCAGUUUGACGCGGCUGUGGAACGCAUGUCUGGCCCAGCAGCUGGGGCGCUGCUGGCGCGCAGGCCCGGUGCGCCGCCCGCCGUGGACGCAGAGGCGUUCUGGGCGGAGCUCAACUCGCGGCUGCAGCAGCUGGAAAGCGCGACGGAGGAGGCGCGGCAGGCCAACAUUGGGGUGGCAAAGGCCAAGCGAGUGCUGAAAGAACUGCAGGCGCAGGGCGCGGCGGUGGAGGCGGCGGCGCGGCUGGAUGAGGCGUUGGCGCAGGCGCGCAGCGGCAGCGCCGCGCUCAAGUCGGUGCUCGCCAAGGCGGAGGCGGCGGCCGCGGCGGCCGCCCCCGGCGCCUGCCAGUUUGCCGUCGGCGCCGAGCUGCUGCUGCCGCGCAUACAGGCAGUCAAGCAGAAGCUGGAGGUGGAGCGGGCGGCCGAGGGCCUGGCCCGCGCCGCCGCCAGCUGCAAGGCCGUCUCGGACCUGCCCCGCCUUGAGGCCGCCAUCCUGGCUGCCCGCAAGGUGGGCGCUCACGAGCUCGAUCCAGGGGCGUACAGAGCCGCCUCCGAGCUGCGCCUGCGGCUGGACGGCGCCAGCCGCUGCCGCGGCGCGCUCGAGGCCGCGCUGCGCAACCUGCAGAGGCUGGGGAGGCAGGACGACGCGGACGCGGUCGAGCGGUGCAUCGAGGAUGCCGAGCAGUGCGGGGAGCUGCUGCUGCCGGAGGCGACGCGGGCGAGGGAGGCGGUGCACCGCUGGCGCGUGGCGGCCGCCGCCGAGGCCCGCCUGACACGUGCGCUCAGGGACGGCGUGGGCACCGCCCACUUGUCGAGAGCGAUCAAGGAGGCGGCGGCGGCGGGGGUGAAGGUGGGCGAGGCGCGGCGGCUCCUCAAGCUGAUGCAGAGCCUAGAGGCGGCGAUGCAGCAGGCGGCCGAGGGUCCCUUCCAGUACCAAGCCCUCAAGGCCCGCAUCGAGCAGGCCGAGGCGGGCGGCUGCCCCGAGGCGCUGGUGUCGGAGGCCAAGCGCCAGCUGCACCGCCUGCUGCUGGCGGAGGUAAAGGCGGAGCUGGAUGCAGUGAUCAAGCUGAGCCGCGGGAUGGAGAAGUCGGUGGCGCAGCGCCUCUCCUCCAUCAAGGCGGUACUGGAUAAGGCGGAUGUGGUACUGCUGAUGGAUGCCGAGCUGCAGGCGCAGCAGCAGGCGGCAGCUGCCGCUGCAGCUGACCUCUCCGAUACCGCCCAGUCUGACAGCGCCGCCAGUACCUCUGGCGCCGAGCCGCCGGCGGCGCGGCGGGAGCAGCCGCUGCCUGCGGCUGCUGUGGCGGCGGCGCCGGGCCGGCCGCUGCGCCGCACAGAUACCGGGCUGUCUGGAGCAAGCAGUUCUGCCAGUAACUCUGCCGUCGCUGCCCUGCUGGCGCGGGCAGACCCAGGCAGCGGCGGCAGCCUGCCACCCGGCAUCGCCACACCCCGCACCUCCCUCGCCUCUGGCGGCCAGGAGAGCCCCUCUGCGGCGGCAGCAGCCGCGGCAGCCGCUGGCGCGGCAGCUUCUGUGUAUGUCUCGGCGGCGCCCUCAGUACAGCUGGAGCCGGGCGGCAGCGCCGACGUGGAAGCCGACGCGGAAGCUGACGCCGACGUGGCGGUACUGCUGGAACUGGUGGCAGAGGACACCGUGCAGCUGUGCAUCCUGCUGCCUGCGGCGCCAGACCAGGAAGAGGAGCAAGAGGAGGGGGAGGGGUCUGAUGCGGAGCUGCCCCCAGAGCUGGCAGGCGACGACCUGGCGGUGGUGAAGCACAUGGUGAAGCAGGCCCGCCGCAUGCUGGCCCUGGAGGAGGCGGAGCAGGCCCGCAUCGAGCGGGAGCGGCAGGAGGAGGCACGGGCGCGGCGCGAGCAGCAGCAGCGCGACAAGGCGGAGCGAGAGCGCGCCGACCGAGAGCGCGCAGAAAAGGCCAAGGCGGAGCGGGCGGAGCGCAAGGCGGCGCUGGAGGCGGCCAAAGCGGAGCGGCGGGAGCGGGAGCGGCAGCAUCGGCUGGAGCGGGAGCGGCAGCGCCAGGAGCGAGAGAAGCUUGCCAAGGAGCACUUUGUGCUGCUGCAGAAGCAGCGGCGGCUGCUGGAGGCGCAGGCGGCGGCCGCCGCCGCGCCGCCGCCGGCCUCGCUGCCCGACGCGGCGCCGCAGCUGCCGCUGCCGCUGCCGCUGCCGCUGCCGGCAACCCAGGCACAGGCACAGGCGCAGGCACAGCAGGCCCACGGGCUGUUUGCGCUGCCCGUGAGCGGCGGCGGCGGCGCAGCGGGCGGCCUGCCGGCCAGCUCCGCCGCCCUGGAGCUCUGGGCCGCCGCUGGGAACAGCGGCGCGGGCGCGGCGGCGGGCUUUGCCGCCCUCACAGGCCUGCUGCCGCACCACGACCGCAGCGACAGCCUGGAGCGCCUGUCAGAGCAGCAGGGGCUGCUGGACCUUUUGAACGACCACCCGCCAGAGGCAGGCGGCGGCGCCGCCGCCGUGCCGUCAGCGUCGGCUUCGGCUGGCGGCGGCAUGCUGGAUGCCGCUGAGGCCGCCCUGGCGGUUGCUGACAACCUGCGCAGCCCGACAGGGACCGUGGUCAGCGAGGGGUGGGAGCCCGCGGCGCCCGGCAGCGCGGCGGCGGCCGUGGCCGCGGCGGCGGCCGCGGGGCUCGGCGUGGCUCCAGGCCUGGCGCCGCCCGCUUUUGGCAGCGGGCGGUGGAGCAGCAUGGAGGGGAGCGUGGAGGGCGUUGCCGGCGGCUCCGAGUCCCUGGCUGCCUCUGCGGCCCGCACCCCCGAACCCAGCCCCGCCAAGCAGCCCAGCGGGCUGGGCGCGGAGGCGAGCGGCGGCGGCGGCGGCGCAGCAGCGGGGCCCGCGGCCGGCACCUUCCUGGAUUUCGGCGGCGGCUCGCUGUGGGGUGGCGACGCCGGCGGCGGCGGCGGCGGCAGCGGGCGAGGAGGCUCUGCCGCAGGCGGCGCCAGCCGCGGCAGCUGGUCUGUCGACCUUCCGGGACUGCCGCUGGCAGCCGGCCCUUCGCUGGCCCAGCACCAGCAGCGGCAGCACCACCACCAGCAGCAGCACAGCGGCAGCGGCGCCGGCGCCGGCGCCGGCCUGCUAUGGGGCGGAUCCGCGGGAAGCCUGGCUGCUGCAGCGGCGGCUGGCAGCCCCGCCAGGCUGGCGCCACAAGACGACCUUGCACUCACAGCGCUGAGGAGCAGGCUGUGGCAGCCGGCGGGCGGCGGCGCCGGCGGCGGCAGCGGCGACGGCUGGGCCGAGGUGCUGGGCGGCCGCGGCGGCGGCGAGGGCGGCGGCGGCGGCGGCGGCAGCCUGCUGGCCUCCCCGCAGCGCCCGCCGCAGCCGGCGGCCGCCGCCGCCGGCUCCGCAGGCCUUGGAGGCCUGUCUGGCCCCGUGGCACUGGCACUGCUGCAGCAGCGGCGGCAGCAGCAGCUGCUGGCUGCUCUGGAUGCAGCCAAGGCGCAGCUGCUGCAGCAGGCGGCGGCGGCGGUACCGCAGCAGCCGCCCAAAAUCUGCAAGUACUUUGUGCACGGCUUCUGCCGGGAGGGCGACGCCUGCCUCUUCCUGCAUGUCCUCCCUGCCUCCCUGGCCGCCCGCCCGGGAGAGCAGCAGCAGCAGCAGCAGCAGCAGCAGCAACAGCAGCAGCAGCAGCAGCAGGCGCUGCUGAGCCUGCGGCGGCUCAGUACCGGCGGGGCCAUGGGUGGCUACGAGGGCCCUGCCUCCGCCCACCACCAGCAGCAGCAGCUGCAGCAGCAGCAGCAGCAGCAGCCCGGCACAGGCGGCGUGCUGUCGUUCGGUGCACCCGGCGCCGCCGCGUUUGCAGGCAGCGGCGCCGGCAGCAGCAGUGCCGGCAACACCCGCGCCGGCACGCCCGACAUCCGCAUGCCUGGCAGCGGCGGCGGCGGCGGCGGCGGCAUGCUGGGCCUGCUGGGUAGCAGCGGCGCCAGCAGCCUGCAGCAGCAGCAGCGCGGCGGCGCCGCGCCAGGUGGCAGCUUCUCGGUGACUGCCCCUGUGUUCAGCCCGCGAGAGCCGCUGGCACGCGGCGGCAGCGGCAACGCAGCGGCCGCCGCCGCGGCCGCCGCAGCCGCAGCCGCAGCGGCAGCAGGCGGCUUCCCUGCCGGUACCGCCUCGCUGCCGGCCUUUGCCGGGCUGGGAGGCGCGCUGCCCAUCGGCGGGCCUUUCGCCAGCCGGCCAGGCAGCGCCGCCAAUUCCGCCUUUGCCACCCCCCGCGACGAGCUGCGCCUGUCGGCUGAGGCGGAGAGCUACGAGGAUGCUCUGGAGGUGGGGGAGGAGGAGGAGGAGGAGGGGCGGGAGGAGGCGUACGGCGCGGCGGCGAGCGCCCUGGGGCACCAGCAGGACUCGUAUGGCCUGCCCAGCGAAGCCUCCCUGUUCCGGGACCUUCCUGAUUUCCUGCGGGACACUACUGACGAGUGA